AUGAACACUGCAAAGGCCAAGAGUGGGCAAGUCACGGCAUUCAACCGGUUCAUGGACGACUGGAGUGUGCUGGUGCAAAUGAGAUCGCAGGAUGUUCAGCUGAGUCAUAGCGCUGCUGAUCUCGACUUCCCAAACCGAAGCCACGAGAACGAGACUGAGCAAGCAAUGAUGAUGCGGCUGAAACUACGCAAGAAACUUUAA